AUGACCGCCAAGGCCGAGUACAAGGUUGCAGUCCUCGGCGCCGCCGGUGGCAUCGGCCAGUCCCUCUCCCUCCUGCUCAAGAUGAACCCCCUCAUCUCGGACCUUGCGCUUUACGACAUUGCGAACACUCCCGGCGUCGCCGCGGACCUCUCCCACACCAACACCACCUGCUCCGUCAAGGGCUACGCCGGCGAGGAACAGCUCGCGGACGCGCUCAAGGGAUGCGAUCUCGUCAUCAUCCCCGCGGGCGUUCCCCGCAAGCCCGGCAUGACCCGCGACGACCUCUUCUCCAUCAACGCAGGCAUCGUCAAGAACCUGUGCGAGGCGUGCGCUAAGAACUGCCCCAAGGCCAUCCUCAACAUCAUCUCCAACCCCGUGAACUCCACCGUCCCCAUCGCAUCUGAGGUGUACAAGAAGGCUGGCGUCUACGACCCCAAGAAGAUCUUCGGCGUCACCACCCUCGACGUGGUCCGCUCCAACACCUUCAUCUCGGAGGCGAAGGGCCUCGACGUCAACGAUGUCGACGUUCCUGUCGUUGGCGGCCACGCGGGCAUCACCAUCCUCCCCCUCCUCUCCCAGACCUACCCCAGCACCAAGUUCACCGCCGAAGAGCUCGAAGCGCUCACCGUCCGCAUCCAGAACGCGGGCACCGAGGUUGUGGAGGCGAAGGCUGGCGCGGGUUCGGCGACGCUCUCCAUGGCGUACGCCGCCGCGAGGAUGGCCGAGGCGUGCCUCCGCGGUCUCUCCGGCGAGGCUGAAGUUUACGAGUGCUCCUACGUCGCAUCUUCCGUGACGGACCUGCCCUAUUUCGCGACCAAGGUGAAGCUCGGGCCGAACGGCGCCGAGGAGGUGCUCCCCGUGGGCGACAUCACGGACUACGAGAAGGGCUGGCUCGAGAAGCUCAUCCCUGAGCUCAAGGCGUCCAUCGACAAGGGCAUCGAGUUCGCGAACAAGGACUAG